AUGCUUCAAUGCAAGCAAUAAAAGCCAUGGAUCAGAAUGAAAUGCAAAAUAGUCACCAUGCAAGUUGAAUUCGAUUUAAAUGCGGAAUAAGAUUUCAGAAAUAGAUAUGACUAUGCAUAUGAGAUUAAAGAUCUGGCAUCAAGGCCCAAUAUUGAAUCCAAUGAAGAGAUAAUCUUUGUUAUAUCAAGCACAAUCGAUUGGCAAAAUGAAUGA